GUUGCUCUGGCCGCUGAAAUGGCUUACUCCAGAACGGGAAUUUGGGUUUUGGGCGUUGGCGCGCCUUGCUCUCUCUCGCACAUAUUUCGCAAUGCUCAAAAGGGUAUUGUCGAGACAGCUUAUUGAGUCAGACUCUGAGGAUGUCGGUGAAGUGACUUCGACCCUUGCCGCGCCCCCAACAUCCGACCCACCCCUGAUUGCACCACACAAUGGCAAUGAGCCAACGCCAAAGAAAAGGAAGAAGGCUAGCACGUCAGAAAACAACAUGAAUUCGCGUGUCAAUGCCCAGGAUAUACUCAUGGGACGCCUAAAACCAACAAUAGCUGCGUCCAGAGCAGUUCCAUCUCAUCACUCGAGCAAGCUCCACUCCGUGGACCGUAUCGCUGCUUGCCCCCAUGACCUGCUAACCUGGUACUCUCGGGUCAAAGCCCUCAGAUGUAUGCCAUGGCGUAGAGACUACGAUCCCUCAUUGGGUAUCGGUGCACGGACCCAACACGCAUAUGAAGUACUUGUGUCGGAAGUUAUGCUGCAACAAACGCAAAUGUGCGUCACCGUUAUCCCCUACUACAAUAAAUGGAUGGAAGCAUUCCCGACGGUCAGCGCCCUUGCGAGCGCCGACAUCGAGCAAGUAAAUCAACGGUGGAAGGGCCUAGGAUAUUAUAGUCGUGGAUCUCGUCUCUUAGAUGCGGCUCGUGUCAUCGUAAACGACAUGGGAGGUCGCUUCCCAGAAGAUGCUGCGUCUAUGGAGAAAGGGCUUCCUGGAGUUGGUCGCUACACUGCAGGUGCUGUUUGCAGCAUUGUGUUCGAUCAGCACACACCUGCAGUCGAUGGUAAUGUUCAACGACUACUUAGCCGAUUGCUUGCGUUACAUGCCCCGCUGAAGGGGCCAAAUGCUAAGGCGCCUCUGGAGCUCGUUUGGAAUGUGGCAGGCGAAUUAGUCGAGCGGACAAGGGAUGGGGAAGCAGGGGCUUUUAACCAGGCAUUAAUCGAGCUGGGGAGCACUGUGUGCAAGCCAACAAACCCGAACUGUGGGGAGUGCCCUAUAAAGCAGGAAUGUGCUGCUUAUUUGUUAUCAAAGGGAAAAAUGCCCGGCAGUGCGGAAGCUGUUGACGUCGAAGAUUUGUGCAGUCUUUGUGAACCUUUCCCCGAUUCGUCGACAGCUGUUACCCGUUAUCCAAUGAAAGUCGAUAAAAAGAAGGCGCGUGAGGAACACAGUGCAGUCAGUGUGAUCGAGUACUGCGGCCCAUCCGAUAGAUGGGUGUUGUUGGUACGUCGCCCUGAAAAAGGCCUUUUAGCGGGCUUGUACGAAUUCCCGACAGUGUUACUGGAUAACUCAAAUCUCUCCAAGGAGCAAAAGAAUGCAGCUUUCGAAGAGCUGCUUGUUCGAUUGAUAGCCUCACCGCCCAUCAUUGGAAACGCACCCUCUACAGAGCUGAGACUAAAAAAGAACAGAGAUGCGGGCACACUUUUGCACAUAUUCUCGCACAUUCGAAUGACAUAUCACAUCCGUCACUUUCAGUGUAGCCGUGUUAAUGCGGAAGAGGACACCUUACCUGAGCUCCUGGAACCUUCGGAUGCUGUCCAAAAUGGAGCGAAUGGAGCGGAUGAAAGUGAUGAUGAGGAAAGGGUAAGGCCAAAGAAGAAAAGGAAAACGGCGAAUGACAAAGGAACUAGGCGGACGACAAACAUUGAGAGCAACGAACCCCGAAGUCGUGUCAAAUGGGUGCGCAUUGCUGACGUGGAGAGUGAGAACAUUAGCACAGGUGCCUUGAAGAUUUGGAAGCAAGUAACCAAAAGUGAUUGUUCAGUAAGUCCAUACGUGGUCCACUAUGGCAAAUUUGAACCCGCUGGUAUUAGGAUGAUGUCCAGUCAAGUGUGAUACUGUCAUGCUGAUCUCGACAGUCACAGCAUUAGUCAAUACGCACUACACAUAUCUUAAAUAAUUAUGUGGUCCUUCCUU